GAAAGAAGAGAAAAGAGGGCUGAGAGGGGAAAGAUGACCUGAUCUACAAGGAAAGCAAUUAAAUAAUAGGAAUUGUCCCAUACAGACAGACAGGAAUGCUGUCUUCAUUUUAAUCCUGGAUUUUGCUCUUCAGAUAUUAUUUCUUGAUAUAUUUAUACAGUUGUUUGCAUCCCUACUUAACAUUUGACAAUCUGACAUCUGGGUAAAGGUCAUCUCUCAUUUGUUAACCAAGGGAUUAGUACUUCUAAUUCUGUGAUUCUGUUGUUCUGAGGAAACCAGACCAUGUUAGCAGGAAGUAACAGCUAGCAGUCGCCACUAUGUUGACAGGCUAUUUGACCCUGAUCCCCAGAAAGUUCUACAAGGUGUCAUAGACAUGAAAAAUGCUGUAAUUGGAAAUAACAAGCAGAAGGCCAACCUCAUUGUUUUAGGAGCUGUUCCAAGAUUGUUGUACUUGCUUCAGCAAGAAACUUCAAGUACAGAGCUGAAAACUGAAUGUGCAGUGGUAUUGGGAAGUCUUGCUAUGGGUACCGAAAACAAUGUCAAGUCUCUACUAGAUUGCCAUAUUAUCCCUGCCUUACUGCAAGGACUAUUGUCCCCAGACCUGAAGUUUAUUGAAGCUUGCCUUCGAUGCCUGCGUACCAUCUUCACCAGUCCCGUCACUCCAGAGGAGUUAUUGUACACAGAUGCUACGGUGAUACCACACCUCAUGGCACUGCUUAGCAGGUCGCGCUACACCCAGGAGUACAUCUGCCAGAUCUUCUCGCACUGCUGUAAAGGUCCAGAUCAUCAAACAAUUUUAUUUAACCAUGGUGCAGUUCAGAAUAUUGCUCACCUACUAACCUCAGUAUCUUACAAAGUUCGAAUGCAAGCACUGAAAUGCUUCUCAGUUUUAGCUUUUGAAAACCCCCAGGUAUCGAUGACCCUGGUAAAUGUUUUGGUUGAUGGAGAAUUGUUACCACAAAUUUUUGUGAAGAUGUUACAGAGGGAUAAGCCUAUUGAGAUGCAACUCACAUCAGCAAAAUGUUUAACUUACAUGUGUAGAGCGGGAGCAAUUCGGACAGAUGACAACUGUAUUGUAUUGAAGACAUUGCCAUGUUUGGUUCGAAUGUGCAGUAAGGAGAGAUUACUAGAGGAGAGAGUUGAAGGAGCUGAGACACUCGCCUACCUGAUUGAACCAGAUGUUGAGCUGCAGAGAAUUGCUAGCAUUACUGAUCACCUCAUUGCCAUGCUUGCUGAUUAUUUCAAGUAUCCCAGCUCUGUGAGUGCCAUCACUGAUAUUAAAAGGCUUGAUCAUGACUUAAAACAUGCUCACGAACUCCGCCAGGCUGCAUUCAAGCUCUAUGCCUCUCUCGGAGCAAACGAUGAAGACAUCCGGAAGAAGAUCAUUGAGACUGAAAAUAUGAUGGACCGAAUUGUGACUGGCUUGUCUGAGUCUAGUGUCAAGGUGCGGUUAGCUGCUGUCAGAUGUUUGCACAGUUUAUCUAGAUCUGUGCAGCAGCUUCGAACCAGUUUCCAGGAUCACGCUGUGUGGAAACCUUUAAUGAAGGUUUUACAAAAUGCACCAGAUGAAAUCCUAGUAGUAGCAUCUUCCAUGCUAUGUAAUCUUCUUCUUGAAUUUUCUCCAAGCAAAGAGCCAAUUUUAGAAUCAGGAGCCGUGGAGCUGCUCUGUGGAUUAACCCAAAGUGAAAACCCUGCUUUACGAGUGAAUGGAAUUUGGGCUCUCAUGAAUAUGGCAUUUCAGGCUGAACAAAAAAUAAAAGCAGACAUUUUACGAAGCUUGAGUACUGAACAGCUAUUCCGGUUGUUAUCAGAUUCAGAUUUGAAUGUGCUGAUGAAGACAUUGGGACUUCUUAGAAAUCUCCUCUCUACUCGGCCUCAUAUAGAUAAAAUAAUGAGCACUCAUGGAAAGCAGAUUAUGCAAGCCGUCACUCUUAUUUUGGAAGGGGAGCAUAACAUUGAAGUCAAAGAACAGACACUGUGCAUCCUAGCCAACAUCGCAGAUGGGACGACGGCAAAAGAACUCAUUAUGACCAAUGAUGACAUCCUGCAGAAAAUCAAGUAUUACAUGGGUCAUUCACAUGUCAAACUGCAGCUUGCCGCUAUGUUUUGUAUAUCAAACCUCAUAUGGAAUGAAGAGGAAGGUUCACAAGAACGCCAGGAUAAAUUACGAGACAUGGGCAUUGUAGAUAUUCUUCACAAACUGAGUCAGUCACCAGAUUCAAACCUUUGUGACAAGGCCAAGACGGCACUGCAACAGUACCUGGCGUGAUGGGAGCGCCCUGGCAUCUGCGAGCACCCACAUCCUUGUUAAAGGAAGUACAGGAACUAGCCUCAUUUGAUUCCUUCUAUUUGCACAAGUCACCUUGGACUGCAGGGAGCUGUUUUGCAAAAGCAAUUUGGUAGGCUUAGAUCUCAAAUUCAUCUUGAGAACAUAUUUUUGAGGUAGUAAUUUCCUCAGAGGACUAUGGUGUUUUGUUUUUGGUUUUGUUUUUUCUGAGCUACCUGGACUCUUUAUUAGAACAAUCAAUCAUUUUCCUUUGGACCUACAAUUUUUUGCCUAUGCUGCAGCCACUUUGUGAGUGAGAAUGAACAUGUCUGUGCACACACAGAUGUGUGUGUGUGUGUGUGUGUAUGUGUGUGUGUGCGCGCGCGUGCGCAUGUGGAUCAGGAUGGAUGUAUGUGUGUGGGGGGAUACCUCAAAUUUUUCUU